AUGCCCCAGAUUGCUUCACUUGUUAAAGUAAAGAUAUCUUUGAAGUACAUCUCCUAUGUCAAUGUAGCACUUGUUAAAGUCAAGACAUCUUUGAAGUACAUCUCCUACGUCAAUGUAGCACUUCUUAAAGCUGAACACCAGGUGUUUCCAGGAUCAGUGCCUGCCUUCCAUCUUGUGCAAGUUCAAGUCCAGAGUCUUCCUAAUACCCUAGAAGAACUGAUAUUAGAAGUGAUUGACAGCAAUGUUUCAACAGUCAUGGAAUCUUGGACAGUCAACAGAGUCAAUAUUAUGGUUGUUGGAAAGAUUAUUGGCUCUAAUCACUACAACGUACAAAGUGAUGGCCAGUCAUCUCGGAAUCGAUUCUCUGUUGGCCGAGAUAAAUCCCAGCCUGUUCUUCCUCACCAGUCGCAGCUUACCACCACUGCAUAUCCUCUGGCCUCAUGGAAUCAUAAAAUGUGGAACAGAAAUGGUGGAUCAGCCAAUUUUAAUGGAGAUGUUGGUGAAAACCUUGCUUUGGAGUUAGAGAGUUUGAUGAGUUUGGAGUGCAGAAAGAAUAAGGUAAAAGUAACCUUCCCCAAAUCUUCGUCUGUGGAAAUUGCUACUAAGUUAAAUGGAGCCAACAUUGGCUGGCUGGAAGUUACAUUAAAGGAUCAGGAAUGUAAAGCUAGAAGUAAUAACACCCAUUACAUCCUGGAGACCCACCUGAACAGCUGCGGGUCCAGCAUGGUUCCUGAUGGGUGGAGAUAUUACUUUAAGAACCAGGUCUUAUUCUGGGCUCCCGUAAGACCAGAAGGGAUUUCAGAUAAUCAAAAAGAUGUGAGUAGUGAAUUUGAUGAAAGCUUUGCUGAUGAUGAAGACAUGAUCAGUUCAGAAGAUGGAUCAGGACUGGAACACCACCUUAAACAAGCUCUUGCAAAUCAGCAAGGUAUCACACAGUCACGACUUCUGUUCACCCAAAGUAUCCAGUGUAUUUAUAAUUUGACUGGUACUGGAAGCAGAUCUGAAGAGGUGAACCACCCCCACGUGUUCCACAUGCAGCUGUACAAAGACUCAAACUUUCGUAAAAAGCUACGUCUAGUAGACGGUUUGGUAGAGGUAUUGUCUCGGGACAACUUGUAUGUGAAGACUGCUAUAGAUGCAGGUCCUGACUUGUUUGUUGUAACUGAUGAGUGCUGGUUGUCUCGGACAAACAAUUCACUUGUAAUGACUGACAACCGAGAAGUAUUGAUUCAACACAGUUGCCCCAAGCAUUUGAGUGUUGGUCUAUUGGGUGUUGAACCUCAUGGGUUACACAGUUCCAAAGGGUUGAAUUACCAACAGGGGUUUUUCUUUCAUUUCACCCAGAGGUGGGUUGGCCACAAAGUUUUUCUUCACUGCCGCCUUGCCGUCUGCUCCGAAAAAGCCAACAGUCCACUUAGUGGUGUGAAACAGUGCAUUGAUCCAAAGGAAUAUUGUGUGGGAAAUGGUAUUAAGCAGUUUUUGGAAAGUCGCACGGGGCAGCACUUUAGUGUGGAAGUUGAAGGACCAAUAUAUGUACUACCAUCUCGGGGAACUCGAGGCAGAGACUCUAGUG